AUGACUGACGUUCACCAAAGCAAUGGCGACCUCGUCGCCGAGCACCCAACUGCUCCAGUCGAAUCUUCGCCCACUGGCAUCAAGCGAAAGCGCCACGAGUCCGAGAACACCCAACAACCACAACCACAGACACAGACACAGCUGUUCCAAGACCUUUGGGAGCUUCUGAAGACGUUCGUCGCGUCCAUCAACAACCAUCUUGACUUUCUCAUACUGACAACCAUGAUAGANAACGAUCCCGAGCCUUCAGUCUUGCACCUGCCACUUCCAAACGCGUCGCGACUCUCUCACACCAAUGGCGAUUCUACCAAGCGUCCAAAACUUGACCACGAGGACGAUCAAAACACUAUCGCUUUACGCUUGCAGAACAACCUCUACCAAAGUCUUGACGACUUCGAGCAUGAUCUGGACCACGCUCUCGACACCCUCGUCGAGCCACUGAAGGCUAAGGAUCCCACCAAGAGCGCCCAACGUCUUGCCAACCAGGAUGUCACCACAAUGCGCACCCUCUCAAAUUUCCGUACCCUCAUCAAGGACUGUUUAGAUCGCGAACGACCCAAGGAUGUGAAGGUGCCCAUCAAGAAGGAGGACGAAGAUUCGCUUGCGACAAAAUCUGAGAAGACCGUCCUGAGUCUGUACGGAAAUGCUCCCCAAGCGAGACAACUCUUCUCGAGUCUGCCACAUUCAAACGCCUCCACACAAGCUCCUGGCCUCUCUAUCGAGGAACUCGGCCUACCCGCCAUGCUCUCUGCCACCAAAGUCGUACCUUUAUCUUCCAACGACGCUCUCGUCACGCGAAAGGCCAAUCCUACUUUUGCCGAUGUCUUCCCUUCGCCUGCAACUCUGCCAACCCUCAACCCUCCCAAGCCGACUAAACACUCCUCAUCCAAGUCUACUACAAUUUCAUGGACGCGUGGUGAACUUCCGAAAGCCUCGAGAAAGGCCGGAUACACUCUACAACCCCUGACCGUGGGAACCUGGGUAGGCUAUGGUGCCAACGAAAUCAAGGAAUCCGCAUCUGCAAUCAAGCGCAGGCGGAGGGAAAGUCUUCUGAAUGGCCAGGAACAACCGAAGCCCACUGAAGAAGUAACCCCUGCCGACAUCAUCGCUCAAGAGACUGCUCUAUUCCGUGCCGCAUAUUCGGGCUUUGCUCCGACCCAGGACAACUCCAAGGCUUUGGUGGCCAAAGAAACAAAGGAUAUGGUCUGGUGGCACAGAAUGGGUCAGAGACGAUUUGAUGAUCACUUCGUUCUCGAUCCGGCUUUGCAGGAAUCGCCCUUCAUCGACGAUCCCGAGGCAUUAGCCAAGCAGGCCUCUGUUACAGAAGCUGAAAACACUCUGGGUGCAGACGACCUUGAAGCAAUCCAGAAGGCCAUCGAGGAUUUCGAUGAAGACGCCUUGAAGCCCAACAAAAUUGAAGUCGUGUCCACCAUCAAUGAAGAAGAGCGCGAAGUCGAACAGAUGCUCGUCGAAAUCUCAGACCUUCUGAAAGCUUUAUCAUCACAUCAACGGAUUCGCAACUCUUACAUUCCCACUGGCUCGCGCAACCCAGCAAGUCCCAGUCCACUGUUGAGUGCCAUGGUCGGUACAGCAACUGCUCCAUCAGCCGAAGAGAACGAAACCUACAGAGCUCUGCGAUCGCAACUAGCCCAGUUGAUUUCCAAGCUUCCACCUUAUGCCGUUGCCAAACUCGAUGGCGACAAGUUCGCUGACUUGGCCGUCAAGAAGAACAUUGUCAUUCAGGGCAAGGAGUACCGUGGAACCAUGGAGGAAGACCAAUUGACUCGCGUGAUCCGCUCCUCAGCUAUGCAGGCUGCCGCUGCCCAGAAACCAGACCCCACCGCCUCAUACGGACGCACACCAUCUGUUCCCAGUCGCGCAUCAGCGAAUUACUACAAUUCCAGGACUCCGGUCGCAAACUAUCGCGGUGCUGCACAGAGCUACAAUGCACCUGCUACUGCCCCACGUGCGGGUGCCAGCUACCCUAACACUUAUAACACUAGCAGCAAUGGCCGCUCGUCCUUCAGCACGCAGUAUUAUGGUCAGCAGCGACCGACAUAUGCCUCGCAGUACAGCACUCAGACUCCUCAGCCUUCCAAUCCUGCUCGUCAAGGCUUUAACGUCCCUCAAACUACCUAUGCCCCUCGCACCACUGCCUCGACCUUUGCCAACGGUGCUUCUACUGGCGCUGCUUAUACCCCACAAAACUAUGGGCAAACGCGACCUACUUAUGGUUCUGCCAGUACACCUGUAACACAACAAACCUAUCAAUCCCGUCCGCAGAAUCUUGCAGCCUCUCAACCACAACCUUCCUCUGGCCGCGCAACACCGACAUUCGCCCAGCCUCCGAACCCAAACACACCCUCAGCAGUUGGGCCUUCUGGCUUCCACAGUACAUUGACUGCUGAACAACAGAGAGUGAUGAUGGAGAGACAGCGUGCAGCACUGGCCAUGCAACCUCAAUCUGGACUGGCGGCGCAGACAGCACCCAUGGGAAGUGCAGCACUUCAAGCUGCAAUGCAAGCUCCAGCCCAACAACCUAAUGGAUCACUAUAG